CUCAACACUCUAACAUCCGCCUUUCUGUGCGACUGAAGUGAUACGGACGGCUUCACCCGACGCUCUGCGUACAGGGACACAACAGUCACGCCACAGGUAAAUCACAGUUUUCCAAAUGGCUGAGGUGGACAUUCCUUCUUUCAGUUCCGAAGUUACGUCCUGCUACAAGCUACAAAAGGAACUGGCUCAGGAAUUACGUGACUUUGCUGAAAACCUGAAAUCUAAACAGAGAAAAGUUGACAUCGCAAAACUUACAACCUCAAAUGUUGGUCUCGUUGGUGGAGGUCUUGCAAUCGCCGGCCUGGUUCUUGCCCCCCUUACUGCAGCGGCCUCAUUAGGCCUUACCAUAGCUGUGGGCGUAGUAGGAGGAGGUUGUGCCGUGUCAGGUUUGUCGUCCAUGAUUGUUGAGUAUCGCAUAACCAAGAAAGCUGAAAAACACGUAUCACAAAAACUUCAUGAUUAUGCGGAAAUGUCAGAAGAUAUUAACUCAAAACUGAAUACGCUAAUUAAGACACUGCAAGAAUCAGAGAAGGAUGUUCUGCAAGGUCAAAUUGAAAAAAGUACUUUUAUCAACAAGGAGACAAAGAACGAUAUCAUUGGAAUGAUCAGAAGCACUGAAAAAAUAUCAUUUCCUCUGGGUCUUGCAGCCAGAGGGGCAGUAGUUAUCAUAUCAGUCAAGGACGUGGUUGACUCGGUAAUCAAGGCGGUUAAAAUUACCAGGGCAACUAAAAGGGCUGUUGAUGUUGUUGGGAGUAUUGCAACUGGUGCUGAAGUAUCUGCCAGAGUUGUCUCAGCUGGAAGGUGUGUAGGAACGGCUACCGAUGUUGGCACUGACAUCACUUCCGCUGCUGGGAAGGCCGCCACGGCCGGUAAAGCUGCAGCAGCCGGGGUGAAGGUCGGGGGGUGUGGUACUUGCCGCUGCCGGAGUGGCAAUAGAUCUCGGUGCUGUUAUUUACUACAGUCGUAAAAUACACAAAAACGAACCCUCAAAGAUUGUAGAGAACAUCUUGAAAGUGGCUGAUUGUCUGGACACAGAAUGAGGGAAGAAACAGCCACAAUCACAAUCUAGGUUACCAUAGCAAUACAUGUGUGAUAAAUGUA